AUGGCAGAUGGCGCUUAUGACCUUGACCUGAAUCGGUGGAGUGCCUUGGUGUCCGCCAACAAUGAACGCAACAGCAUUAUUACGAACAAGCGAGUGCAAGGGUUACAAGGAACCUCGAGCUAUUUAAAGGGCACUUUUGACAUUGAUCCAGGGUGUCUGAUUGGUGCUUGGAGAACACUCAUCGUCAUCGACCGUGUUUCUAUGGGAUGCCCGAACACUCAUCAUCGUCGAUCGUGCUUCUGUGGAGAGCCUAACACUCGUCGAACAUUGCUGAAUGGACUGAUUGAGUGA